AUGUUGAGGCGAGAAUUGAAUUUUGUCAACAUCAAGGAAACAUAUUGGACGGACAGUAAAGUUGUUCUUGGUUAUGUUUCAAAUGAUUCUCGUCGAUUUCACAUAUAUGUGGCAAACCGAGUUCAAGAGAUUCGUGAUCAUAGUGAGCCAAAUCAAUGGUUUUAUGUGGAUACAAAGAACAACCCAGCUGAUGAUGCCUCAAGAGUGGAAAAAGAGUUUUCACAUGAAUUCGAAGAGCUUGAUGCUUCGGAUCCAGAAAUACGUAAUUCUGUGACAUUUUUGACUGAAGUAAAAGAGCGAUCUUUCCCAAGUCUUUUGGAGAGAUUGUCAAUGUUUUCAAGUUUAUACAAAGCUCAGAGAUUUUUUGUCAUUUUAUGCCGAUGGCUGAAAAUUCUUCAAAAUCAUAGAAACAAGAAUUUUACUUCAUCUUUUGGUUCAAUAACUGUACAAGAGAUGGAAGAUGCUAAGAAGAUAAUUUUAAAACUUAUGCAGUGUCAAGUGUAUCCAGAUGAAAUCGAAAUAUUGAACAAACCUAAGAAAUUCGAUACUGUAAAAAAAUCAUCAUCAUUAUUCAAGCUUGAUCCAUGUAUAAGAUCUGAUGAAUUGUUGAGAAUUGGAGGAAGAUUGAAAGAUUCAAGUUUGCCUGAAGAAUUGAAGCAUCCUGUUAUAUUGCCCAAGUCUCAUCAUAUUACAACUCUGAUAAUCAAGCAUUAUCAUGAAGUCGUGAAACAUCAAGGACGUGGAAUUACACUCAAUGAAAUAAGAUCUGCUGGAUUUUGGAUAGUUUCUGGCAUUGCUGCUGUCUCAAGUUUCAUACAUCACUGCACAAAAUGUAGGAGACUUAGAGGAACGUUUCAAGAACAGGAAAUGGCUGAUUUACCAAAAGACAAAACGGAUGACAGUCCAUGUUUUUCAUUUUGUGCUACAGAUUUAUUUGGCCCCUUCAUUAUCAAUAAAGGGAGGAGAGAACUCAAGAGAUAUGGAGUUUUAUUUACAUGUAUGGCAUCGCGUGCUGUUCGUGUUGAAAUCGCCCCAAGUUUAGAAACCGACAGCUUCAUAAAUGCUCUAAGAAGAUUUAUUUGCAGAAAUGGAUCAAUCAGACAACUGAGAUGUGACCGUGGAACAAACAUGGUUGGAGCAUCAAGAGAAUUAAGAGAGGGUCUACAGUUCAAUGUUAGCGCCGCAAGUUACCAGGGAGGCGUUUGGGAACGUCAAUUUCGUAGUAUAAGAGCAGUUCUUUCAUCCAUCCUGGAAAAGAAUGGAAGGCAACUAGAUGAGGAUUCUCUUCGCACUCUGAUGGCAGAGGCUGAAGCAGUUGUCAAUGGACGUCCUCUAGUUGUGGAUAAUUUGUCAUGUCCUGAUUCACCACUGCCUCUGACGCCUAAUCAUUUGUUGACUGCGAAGACAAGACUUGUAUUACCACCACCAGGUGUAUUUGGAAGGGAAGAUUUGUACUCGCGUAAAAGAUGGAGGAGAGUACAGCAUUUAGCCAAUGAAUUUUGGAUUCGAUUUCGUAAAGAAUAUUUACAAUCACUCCAAGUUCGUCAAAAGCGGAACAAAGUUCAACGUGACCUCAAAAUUGGUGAUAUUGUCAUAGUCGUUGACAAAAAUACAUCAAGAAAUCAGUGGAAGAUGGCGAGAGUUGUUGAUGUCUAUACCGAUGCAGAUGGUCAUGUUCGAAGAGUUCGAGUUCUCGUAGGAGAUUCAACACUCGAUGAGAGAGGAACGCGUAAAAAGGAUGUUCUCUUUCUUGAUCGUCCAAUCCAAAAGUUGAUUCUUUUCUUGGAGAGUGGAGAUACGGGAGAAGAUUCCCGGCGAGGGAGCCAGAAAUAG